UCCCGCAACUCCAUCCACCGACAGGGCUUUUCGCAAUCCACCGAGGAUGAAGAUGCGCCAGACUCGACUAGAGACAUACUUCACAGUAUUGCGCCCUCGGCGCCGGCCUCGCCCGGGGCUCACCUUCCUCCAUCUCCCUCCAAAUGUUCGAAGACAGGUAUACGAAUACCUUGGCCUUACGGGCCAGACGAUCGAUCUGAACUUUUCCAAUCUUGUCGCCUAUCCUCGCAAUGCAUAUCCAGAUACGGCAUUUGCUGUGCGCUUUCGAUGCCGCCAUGAGGCCGAAGCCGGCACGCUCCGAAGACUGAACGCGGGCGACGCCCUCUUCGGCGAAGACGAGAUAUGGGUGCUGGAUCGGGAAGACGACACGCCCGACAUGCAGGACCGCUGUCGCAAGUGUUCUGCCGGCUACUCUUUGUUGUUUGUGUGCAAGGAGAUAUCCAGAGAAGUGCAAGAGCUCGUAUACGGAUCGAAUACGUUUACCGUCCGCCAAGGUUGCCCCAACAGGCUCAAGAGGCUGAAACAGAUGAACGGGAAAGCACUAGCGGCCUUGAAAUGCCUAACGCUGAAACUGGACACCGAUUACGAGUACUCCUGGUGCGAUGACGCCAACACCAUUGACAAGAGGCUGCCCCAGCCUCUGGACAUCAAUAGCAAAGCUGGGCGCGCCGUGCUGCAGGACUUCCGACAAGCGAUUGAACGCUUGGUGCAAUUCGUCCCACCGAACCAACUUAGCCUAUUCUUGAUAUUUCGGUUCGCAGAUCAAGACGGUCUCAAUGCUGUGCUAGCGCCAUUGUCGCAGCUCCCGGUCUUGAGAGAUUGCGGCAUCUGGACCUUCGGGGGAUUCAAGGACCUGAAGAUGCCUGCGGAGAUACACUCACGGGAUGACCCUCCCCAUGUUCGACUGACAACUUUGUCUGGCCUUACGGAUACACAUAGCGAACAAACGGAGCAAAUCAUUGAUCGCACCAUUCGGAAACUCACUCAAGUUGACUCUGCUCCUGGAUUCCGCUAUCUGAACCUCCCCGCUGAAAUUCGACUUCUUAUACUUGAUUACACAGACCUAGUAUCGAGCGAAGACGUUCAAUGGAGGCCUCAGAUGUCAUUGCCCCCAUGGAAUCAGAUGAAGCACAGCUACGCUAGAGACUGUUGCAAUUGUAUCAGAGACUAUGGGCUAGACGCGUUGAAAGACAUCGGUGGGUGCAUAUGCGAGCCCCGCCCCUACAGGGCGUGGGAGCGGCAUUACUAUCCGAUUGAAAAUCACUCUUCCAGGAUAGUGGGCCCACUCUGUUGCGAGACGUGUAGGCCAGUCUACUCCACUAAGAUGUGUUUUUGCUCCAUCAACGGCUCGGUUCACUCCACGACAUGCAUUUGCCAUUGCACCCGCCACCCGCUCUUCUCCGUCAGCAGGCAGGUUAGACAAGACGCUAUCGCUACUUACUACUCCCGGAACCGCUUCUUCGUCACACCUUUCAGCAGCCGUACGAGGCACGACAUCGGGAUCUAUGGCGGGGGGCCUCCCGAGGGCGUCUCAAACAUGUCUAGCGUAGAGCUUUCCUUGUAUCUGUCUUCGCUCGCACGUAACGCCCUGCAGUACAUUCAAUGGCUUGAGUGGAUUCUGCCUACCCCGGAACCCGACUACUUACACCCAAGAACGCGUACCUGGUUCGACUACCUCGAUACUCUGGACAUGAUGAAGCACGCCAUGGUAAGUCCGCCGAGUACAAUCCUGCGUGUCUUAGCCCACAGUAUCUGCUGUUGCUUAAAUCGCUACUUAGGUAGUGUUCUACGCUGCACAGAAAGGCUUAACUAAGAUACGAAGUUUCCAAGAUCGCACUUUAAAGAGGUAUGCUGAUUGCAUACCUUCCAUGUCUUGCAGAACAUCCCCAACUUGACAUUCGUGCUCAAUAUGUCAUCGGGUGGCUAUCGGAACUGGUACGACGGCUAUGGAUUUUGGAGACCGGUCCCUCUAACGGCAUGGGCUUGGUACGAAAGAGUAGCCCUUGCGCUCCGUCGCUUGGGCCCGUUAAAG